AUGCCGUCGCAUCGCUAUCGCGUGUUUCUGCGAGCGGGUAUAUCGGAGGAGCAUAAAGAGGAUGUUUUGCGAAGCUUCUUCGAGAAGUUCGGGACCGUGAUCGACGUGUACGUGCCGCGCGAUCCGUUCACCGGCACGCUGAAAGGCAUCGCGUUCAUCUCGUUCGAAGAAGAGGAAGCCGUCAAAGCCGCGGUGGAAAACGACUCUUACGAGAUAUGCGGCGUGACCAUUCCCAUAACCAAAGCCGAACCUCGAGGACCGGAGCAGCCAUCCCGCCGCCGAGCUUACAACGACGACCGACCCUCCCACCGAGCCUCCGGCUACCCCCCGUCUUCCCUCGCCAUGGCAGCCGCAGCAGCACCCCGAGCCGCUCUAGGCUCGGCAGGCUUGGAUUACUACUCCGUCACUCCUCUAGUCACGUCUGGCGGCUAUGGUGCCGGACUAAGUUCGGGAUAUGGAGGCGGGUAUAUACUGUCGAAUGCUAUGGAGGGGUAUGGGCGCAGCGGAGGCGGGGGAGGAGGCGGAGGCGGAGGCGGAGGGGGAGGAUUUGAGGACGAGUUUCGGAUCUUUGUGGGGGGAGUGGCGGAGGAGAUCAGCGAGCAGGACGUUAAGGAGCAUUUUGAACAGUACGGAACGGUAGAGGACGUGUAUUUUCCUAAAGAUAGAGCCUCCGGCACUCGGCGCGGCUUCUGCUACGUGCGGUUCAACUCGUUCGCGGCGGCGGACAGCGCGUGCGCGCGCAGCCAGCGCAUGAUCAAGGGCUCGCCCCUCCACGAGAUCCGCAUGGCGCAGCCGCGCCCGCCCCUGCUCGCGGGGGGAAGGGGCGGGGAUGGGCGGAGAGGAGGGGGAGGCGGAGGGGGAGGGGGAGGAGGAGGUGGUGGUGGGGGGUAUGGGGGCGGAUAUGGGGGUGGGUAUGGUGGUGGUGGUGGUGGUGGGGGAGGGGGAGGGGGAGGGGGAGGGGGAGGGGGAUAUGGGGGCGGGUAUGGGGGUGGGUAUGGGGGAGGGUAUGGGGGUGGAUAUGGGGUCAAGGAGGAGAGGGAGAGGGAUUACGAGAGGGGGGGAGGCGAGGGGCGGAAUGGGGACGGCGGGGGGCGCUCGCGGUAUCGGCCGUAUUGA